AUGCACCGCCAGCAGCUGCAUUGUGGUCCACAUUUGCUCUUGGCAACACUACGUCAGCGGUUUUGGCCAUUGAAAGGACGUAAUCUUGUGCGUGCUGUGGUACAGUCCUGCGUAACUUGCGUCAAGGCUCGACCGAGUAUUAUUUGCCAGUUGAUGGGAUCGUUACCAUCAGUUCGAGUAACGAAAUCCUAUGCCUUCGAAAAUGUUGGCAUAGACUUUGCUGGACCCUUUCAUCUGCGACGUGCAGGUCCUCGUUCUGCCACAAUCAAAUCGUACGUUGCUGUCUAUGUUUGCAUGGCUACAAAGGCAGCACAUCUAGAGCUGGUUAGCGAACUGACUACGGCUGCAUUUAUCGCCAGUCUUCGCCGAUUCAUCGCAAAGCGUGGCCGCCCGAAAAAUAUUUAUUGCGAUAACGCAACUAAUUUUGUAGGCGCCGACAGAGAGCUUCGCGAGCUAUGCAAGCAAUUCAUUUCAGAGCAACAUCGUCAUGCAGUCACAGCCGAAGCAUCAAAUCAGUUUAUACAGUUCCAUUUCAUUCCAGCUCGAUCUCCCAAUUUCGGCGGCUUGUGGGAGGCUUGUGUCAAGUCAAUGAAGCAUCAUCUGCGACGAAUCAUCGGCAAUGCGUUUCUGACUCAAGAAGCCUUCUGUACCGUGCUCACACAGAUUGAAGGCUGCCUCAACUCUCGACCCAUCUCGCCACUUUCGAAUGAUCCGAAUGACCUUCAGGUUCUUACGCCUGGACAUUUCCUCAUCGGUCGACCACUAGAAGCUCUUCCCGAACCGGAGUAUGAGUCAGUUCCUGAGAAUCGUCUCGAUCGUUGGGAACGACUCCAGCGGUACACGCAACACUUCUGGCAGAGAUGGCAUCGAGAGUACCUUUCAACGUUGCAGCAACGCUAUAAAUGGACCAAAUCCACACACAACCUCGUCAUCGGUGCCAUCGUUCUUGCCGAUUGCCAGAGUUGUCAGUGUUCAUUCGGGCGCGGAUGGAAUAGUGCGUGUAGCGUCAGUCCGACUGCCAUCCGGCACCAUCACCAAACGGUCAGUCUCCAGGCUGUGUAUACUCCCGAUUGA